AUGGACGAAGACCAAGCGACGCAAGGUUCUAUCAUGGAACCUGACUUUACAGCAUACCCUUCCCAUCACGACAAAUCAGCCUUUGCAAAUAGGGAAAUUGUGAAUCAAGUGCCUAGAGAGGGUAGUGGAGUUACAGUGGAUGGCUCGUGGAAGACACCUGAUAUUGCGCAUCGGUCAGCCCAGGUCGUCAAGUCAGGAACCGCUAAACAGCCUUCGAAAGGCUAUGAGAAAUAUGGAAUUCACUGGGCACCACUCAAUAUCCGACUUGAGCGUCGACUGCAGACCCUUGUGGUCCUAUGCCAUACCUUGACAAUUGCUAUAUGCCUUGGACUUUUCUUCUUCACCUGUGCUAUUCCAUUGUCAUGGCCCCUCCUGGUGCCUUAUCUGAUUUAUAUAUCGUUAUUCUCGAAUAUCGCUACGUCGGGCUCGCUGAAGUAUCGGAGUGGUUUUCUGCGAUCACUCCCAAUCUGGUCACUUUACGCCUCUUAUUUUCCAGCCCGUUUACAUCGCUCGGAGCCUCUCCUGCCGACAAGGAAGUAUAUUUUUGGGUAUCACCCACAUGGAAUCAUAUCGCUCGGCGCAUUUGCAGCAUUUUGUACCGAGGCCCUCGGUUUCUCGAAGCUGUUUCCCGGCAUAACUAACACAUUACUCACCCUGGAUUCCAAUUUUCGAAUACCAUUUUACCGAGAAUAUGCUCUGUCAAUGGGUCUGGCCAGUGUCUCGCGUGAAUCAUGUGAGAAUCUUCUUACUAAAGGCGGAGUAGAUGGCGAAGGCAUGGGCCGCGCUAUAACAAUUGUUAUAGGCGGUGCGCGAGAAUCACUCAAUGCAUCGCCAGGCUCAUUGCAACUUGUCUUGAAACGUCGUAUGGGAUUCAUAAAGUUAGCCAUUCGCACUGGUGCUGACCUUGUACCGGUGUUGGCCUUUGGAGAGAAUGAUCUGUAUGAACAGGUCCGCUCGGAUAGCCACCCUCUUAUCCACAAGUUUCAGAUGCUGGUGAAACAGAGUCUAGGAUUUACUAUCCCACUAUUCCAUGCUCGAGGCGUCUUUAACUACGAUGUUGGCUUAAUGCCAUACCGCCGCGCGUUGAAUAUCGUUGUUGGUCGGCCCAUACAUGUCAUUCAGCAACAGGACCGCAAUAAGAUCGAUGACGACUACAUAAACCGACUUCAUUCUGAGUAUGUGGGGGAGCUUGAAAGGCUCUGGAAGGAGUGGAGGGAAAUUUAUGCCAAAGACAGAGUCUCUGAAAUCGAAAUAGUGGCAUAG